AUGGCGUCUCCGGUGGUGAUAUCGGAGGAGGAGGCGGAGGCGGUGAUUAUGAGCGGCGAGGCGCUGCUACAGCUUGCGUCCCGCCUGAACGGCGAGGACAGGAGCGGGGCGCCGUUUGUGACGCUGGAGGACGGUGCCGGGUUUAUGGAGCUGCUGCGGGAGGUGGUUGCGCACCACGCCGCAGGUCUGCCAGACGGCGGACACGCCCGCAACGAACGACAGGAGCGGGCAGUGGCGAACGAAGGGCGAGGUACGCUCGCAGCCCACCCGCAGCAGAGCAAUCUGUUGGCGUUACGCCGUGUCGUAUUUGAGCUUCAGCCCGGGCUGCUGGCGACGGUGUUGUCGAUUCUGCACGCACCGCACAUGAUGACUGACGGGGACGCGGUCUGCUGCCUCUUCCGCGGCGCCCUGCAUCUGCUGCAGACGGUGGUGCUCGCGUGUUGCACUUCGCCCGAGCGAUUUGUGCAGCUGCGGCCGGACGCGUCGGCCUCGCUGGAGGCGCUUGAGCUCUUCGAGACCUGCACGGAUCUUCUACACCGCCUUGGCGCUAUAGACAUCGUUUUGGAAUUGUUGUACGACCACUUUCCCCCGACAGUGCGCCUGGCAGCGGCGCAGCUGCUUUUCAUCAUGCUUUUGCGGGACGGUGGCACCGCGUCGCAGGCCGCAGACUCCUACACGCGUGAUGUCCUCAGCAGCCCGGAGCAUCUUGGCAUCCUCCUGACGGCGCUGACCGCCACCGACGCGUACACCAAUGCCGCAGCAAUGUAUGCAUCCGUCGGUGGUGUUCAGAAGAGCGGUCCGGGGGUGCAGGAGACAUGGUUGUCGCACAGAACAGCAUUCAAUGAAGUGGGAGGGGACGCCGCGACAGCCGCGACGUUGCCAGAGUUGUGCCUGACGGUACGGCUUCACAUCGCGGCGUGUGUACGGGAGCUCGCCAACACGCACUACGCACAUUUUACAGGUGACGAGGUCCUUGACGUCUUGCUGCGAAUUAGCGAUACGGAUUUCAGUGGUGAUUUACGUGCCUUGUGCAUAGAGACGAUGCAUGUUAUAGUGCGCAGCUGCUCACCCUUGCAGUGGACGGCGGUGCGGUUGAAAAAGGAGCUAACGACACUGUGCUUCACGCAACUUGGGCGUGAGUGCUACCACGACGCCUUGCGUGCCACGCUGUGUCUUCUUGAAGCCCUCAUAUUGAAGGAUGCGUGCAGCAGCUCUGCGGGAGAGGCCUUUUGCAGGGAUGCCGGGGGCGACAAACAUGACCAGGUCUCUGUCUGCGAGUUGCUGCUGGCGUUGUUUGCGGACCGGGCGUUGGCGGCCCUUAUCGGCGAUGCCGUCGCUCUGUCUGGCAGCAGCCGCAGGACGAAGACCUCCUCAGGUAGAAGGCACACAAGCAAGAGUCGUCAACCUCACCAGCGGGAUCAAAUCUGCGUCUCACUGCAGGAGCGACAGCAGGGCCGAGCUGCAAGCACAAUUGCACAUGAAACUUUUUUCACGGGGACGACAGUUGCCUGCCUUUCCGCACGCUGUCUACGGUUGCUUGUGCAGCAUGCCCCGUACUACCGCAAUGGAGCCUUUUACCUUGUGCAGCAUCUCCCCUCCUUCUCACAGCUGCUAGAGGCGAGUGUGCAGAUGGCGACGUUCCUUGACGGAGGGCACCAAUGCGAUGACGCUUUGAGCCGUGGUGGGUGUGAGCGUGGCCGCGGCGGUAACGCUCCUACGAAGGGUGAUGGCAAGGGCGUGGACGAGGCGUCCCUAAUGCUGGCGGUGGAGCUGGCGAUUCUGGUGGGACUAUGCUUCGCUCAGGACCCGCGGGCGCGUCAGCUGGUCGCCGCUGAGUUUUGCCGUCACCAUGUGGAGGCGCAACAGACACGGUCGGCGCUAAUCUCCAACCUGAAUCUUGUUUCCCUAUCGUACUUUGCUGCGGCGCACGGCAGUUGCGACGUGGAAGCAAUUCGGGACGUCACUGGGAGGCGGCUCAACACGCUGGGGGCUGUGACGUGGGACACGCCAGACUGUCCCUCGCGGGCCGCCGUGCACCGCCUUUUCACCUCCCAGGAGUCGCGGUGGAACAAUGAGGAGAUGCAACACGCAUCCUCCUUCCCAUCACUCUCAACUCCUGACAUACGUGACGCAAGGUGUUUCGCCGAUGCCGGGAAUGGGCUGCACGGACAUGCAAACGUGGCUGAAGCGGACAGCCCCGGCAUGGGGGUAGAGGAGAGGUGGAAGGGGGAGGAGGAGGAGGUGGUGCCUGCGUUACCGCAGGCCUCCGACAUGCAGCGCCUGCGGCGUCUCACAUUUAUUGUGCUUAGCUACGCCAUUCACUACACCUUUAAGUUUUCCACCACUGGCGUGGCUGCUGCCGCACUGCGUGGCACUACCGACGAUAACCUGCGUGAAGGGUUCGCCCCCGCUGUUGCGGGGCGUGAGGCCCGCGUGAGCAAAGGUUCCCGCUACUACGACACGUACAUGUUGGAUGCGAGCAAACGAGGCUCUACGCGGGAGGAGUCCAAGGGGCCGAGGACACCUGUAGAAACUUCGUUUCUUUCUUCUUUGCAAGGAGAUCACCCCCGGCGGGGACGCGGGCGCCGCACAUCCUCCGCUGAAGCGACAGGCACAGGCGUCGUGAAUGACGGUGUCAUGAGUGCGCCUGAGAGCCCGGCGGCCGAGUCGACCGCGGAGGAGGCGCUGCUGCUUCUCCGCUUUCACCGCGGCCUGCGCCUUUUCUGUGACCUCGCCCAGUUUUACACCCCGCACCCGACGUCCCUGCUGAGCCGCACCGCCGUGUAUCAGGCGACGGAGGAGAAGGGCAUGGUGCGACGCCAGGGCCGGCGCGAGGCUCAGCGUACCAUCUCGAAAAUCCUGCAGGAGGCGGAGAACACCACAUCGCCUUCACAGCGGCCACAAUUACAACAUGCAACGCGACCGAGGCGGGGGCAUGCUCCAAAUCUCGGUCUACUGGGCAUCAAUACACGCACGUGGUCCAUAGACGAGCUGCAGGAGGAGGAUUUGUUUUACUUUUGCAUUCCGUACCCGCAACUCGCAACAGAGUCCCUGCAGUACACACGGCGUCGGGCCGUGGCACACGGCCAGCACUUAAAAAAACAGUUUUCCAUCACUCCACAGGCCGCCAAGGCUCGGCGGUGGCUGCUGCACGACGCCAUUGCCAACAUCAUGCCGGGCGUCGUGCAUGCACUCUCGCAGUUCAUUCAGUGGUUUGACACCUACAAUGCAGAUGCCGUGAAGCUGCCGCUGCUCAUCUACUUUGUCGAUGAUGAGGCGCGUGGGGGCGGCGGUGCGGAGAGCAGCCACACAGGUGAGCAUCACAAACCUCCAGUGCACUGGCGUGGCGAGGACGCGCAGCUCUCCGGCGGGGCAAAACAGCGAGGUGGCGGUGGCAGCGGCAGAAAGGGGGUUGCAGCGUCGUCCCCCGCGUCUCUGCCGCAGCCGGCAGAAGUGGCUCUGCACGCGGGCAAUCUCAUUCCAAUGCAGCAGCAGAUUGCCUUUUACUUUCAGCGCCGGGAUCAAUGGCCGCCACCCGAAGGCAGAGAUGCGCAGUCGCAGGAGGGUUCGGCGUCCGUUGCCGCACCGACGCAAGGAGGCAUGCUUGACAGGGCGUGCGCGUCCCCGCCCCCGUCAGUGGUGCAGGGCGAUGCAAGAGGGGUGGUCACUCCAAUAGGAGGCUUCACCAGCGCCGGCCCUCUGUCGCCGACGGCGCGGAAGUCAGUGUUGAUGCGCGACAUUGAGCGGGAGAUUGAGCGGCUACAGAAGUUGGAUAUCUGUGGCAUGGCAGGCAACCUCGAACUUGCGGGGGCUUCGCUUUUACCAGACAUGGCUGUGAGCCCGUACGGAGACAUGUUUACCCCCCACAUAGCAGGAGUCAUGGGUGGUCUUGGCCGACGUGACGAUGAUGACGAUGACGCCGAUGUGGAGGAGGAAUCGGAUGACUUUGAUGAGCUGACCGCAAUGAAGAAGGUGAAUCACGCCUGGGUGACAGGUCACGGUGACGCUGAAAAGACGUAUGACACCACUAUGUAG